CGUAAAACCAAAUGAAAACGGGACUUUCUAAAGUGCCAGCUUUUUCUUCGUAAUACUCGGGACGUUAAGAUCUUCCUCGUGGGCAAUAAGAUUGAUGGUGUAGAUCGGCUUUGGAUAAUUUGUAAUAACGCGUUUUCUCGGUCAGAGAUAGCUAGACAUAAGACGCUUGAUGAACGCUUUAUUUUCUAUCGAAAUCCAAGUGUUUCUUUAGUAAUAUGGCGCGCGUCUCAAUGGAGAAUAUCGUUUCCUUCUUGGGAAUAUACCAACGCCUUGACAAGCUUCGCUUUUAACAAAUACACCCUGAAAAAAGCUUAGUGCCCUCGGUGCUACCCUGUGUACAUACGUGGAGAUGCACAGCGAGAGAGUGUUUCUACAAUCUGAUUGAUUUCUCGUUGAAAAUUUAAACGAAACAGUGCCCAAUGUGACAGAUGGUUUCUGUCAAGUGUCUCUGAAUCAUCAGAGAGAAGUUGCCGCAAUUUCGUUGAGCCCCAGAGACACCGAAAUUCCCCGUUUACUCCGGGGCCGUCUGUUCUAUUCUAUUUUCGUACCGUUUUCGUCGAGUGGCAAGCCACAAUAACCUAAGUGAUAGAAUGACUGAUAAAUAGCGUUACUUCAAUCUUUCAAAGAGCUUCAAUUACGACUGUUGAAUACGUUAGGUACGAAAAUUUCGAUUAUAACAUGGAGUGUUAUUUUCACAUAAAGAUGCAUCAGUAUCCUAUAAAGGACUGAUCACUAUUUAUAUGGACUGUAUUAAACAUACAUCAAUUUUGCUAGAUUUAUCACCAAAAUGAUUCUCUGGAAUACUUUGGAUACAUCAUUGUCAUACUUUGCUUCCUUACCAGCAGAGAAAGCAAAGGAGUAUAACUUGUGCGAGCCAUGUGAACCGAUUGUGAUUAAGAAAAAGGGCAAUUAUAUGUCGUCUGCUGCUGGGAAGUUUAUGCAGGAUAACAUUGCUAGAAGGAAGAAAGUUUUAAUAUCUGGAGACUCUUUAGCCAGAAGCAUCACUGAGUUCAUAAAAUCGAACGUCUAUCUUCGUCCAAAUCCCAAAUGCAGUGAAAAUGUUUGGAUUACUUCACUAUUGACAGUAUUGUUAAACUGUCUAACAAUUGUGUCAAAAGUAAUUAAGCAGUCAGCAAACUUAAAGAGAAAAAUGGAAAACAUAGCUCCUUUAGCAAGGCUAUCGUUUUAUUUGGCUACACUGUUUAUUGUCAUUCAAUUAUUACCACUUACUGAAGCUGGAGAGCCUUUAGGAAAUCCAUAUGAGGUUUUGGGUGUGUCGAAACAUGCAACACUGCAGGAUAUCAGAAAGGCAUAUAAACAUCUUGUUAAGGAAUGGCAUCCUGAUAAGACAGAUCAUCCAGCAGCUGAAAAUAAGUUUGUAGAAAUCACCAGAGCUUACGAACUUCUAACUGAUCCUGAAAGAAGAAGAAAAUUUGAUAAUCAUGGUAUAACAGAAGAAGGUAUGCCGCGCCAAAGAAGAGACAAUAGUCACUUUAACAUGCCAGACCCAUUUGAGGAACUAUUUACAGGAAAUUUUAAAUUUCAUUAUCAGAACCGAGACAUUACAUUAUUCCACAAAAUGAGCAUCACAUAUCGAGCCUUUGAAAACACAAUAGUUCCAAAGAGUUAUCGUACACCGCAUUUAAUUCUAUUUUAUUCGGAUUGGUGUUUUGCGUGUUUACAAGUGGAACCAACAUGGCGUCGCCUUAUGGAUGAAUUGGAGCCCCUUGGUGUCGGUUUAACAACGGCACACGCCGAGAGAGAACCAGCUUUAGCAAGAAGAUUAGGAGUGCAUUCGUUACCAUGUUUAGCCGUAACAAUAGACGGCCGCACGAGUAUUUACAAAGAAUCCUUAUUCAGUGUACAGAAAGUUGUGGAAUUCUUAAGAAGUAAAUUCCCAUACAAGCUGAUACAGAACAUUAACAAGGAUAAUAUUGAUAGCUUUUUGUCUGGUUGGGUUGACAACAGAAUACGCGCAUUAAUAUUUGAAACAAGAGAUUCCGCACGUCUACGAUAUCUACUUAUGGCUUUUCAUCAUAGAGAUCGCGUUGCCUUUGGCUUCGUACAGGUUCAUAAACCUGAAACAGUCGCCAUCACAUCGAAAUAUAAGAUCUCAGGUGAUCUAGAUACUCUUCUUUUGUUCAACGAGAAUUCUGAAAAGCCGAUGGCGUCAGUCAGCAUGAAAGAUAUACCGAGUGAGACAAUGCACAAUGUCAUUGCAAAUAAUAAAUUCCUGAUGUUGCCAAGACUUUCGAAUCAGGCGAUGCUGGAUUCCGUAUGCCCGCCUGAAUGGCAAAAACCGCAGAAACGACUUUGUGCCAUUUUAAUUUCGCAAAACAGUCCGAUACACGAUUUAGCACGACAUAAAUUCCGACAGGCUGCAGUGGAAUCGCCUUACAGCACUGAACGCGUAAGAUACACUUAUGUUUUCAAAGAAACGCAACCCGAAUUCGUAUCUGCGUUAUCAAGUGGCGAGGGUUCGCCUAUCGAACCAUUAUUACACAUUGUGAUAAUAUGGAGACGAGAUGCGAAUCAUUUAAAAUACGAAUGGCUACCGACAGGAUGGAUUGAAACAGCACAGGAUGAAAAUCAAUGGAAUGAAACUCGUAAGAAUUUGGAGCAGACUAUACAGCGAUUGUUGCGAGCAUCUGAAGCGUUGCCGUACGCUGCCGAAGUUGGAGAAUUGGCCGACGAACAUGCUCAGGGAACAGUGGAUAGAUUGAUAGGCAGAGCAUUGCUGGCUGUUGAUUACAUCUCUGAUAGUCUUACGAAGGAGCAACUGUUACCAUUGAUAUCAGUAAUAGCAACCUUGAUGUUGAUUGGAGUUGCUGGUUACGGAAUGUCUUACUUAGUAAAAUUGGAAGAGGCUAGUGUACAAGCAAAACGGGCUCAGUGUAAGGACAGCACUAAGAGCGUAGAGUCACAGCCUCAAUUGCGGCUUCAUGAAUUACGAGCGGAAAAGUAUAAUGGCUUGGUACGACUGUUGAAACCAGGUUGUCGCACAAUUAUAUUGCUAGUGGAUGUUCAAAGUAGGUUAAAGCUACUGCCAGCAUUUCACAGAGCCGUGUGGCCUUAUAGGAAAAAUAAAACUCUCAUGUUCGGACAUAUGUCUUUGGAACGAGGACUGGAUUGGUAUAAAAAGCUACUAUCACUCAGUUUACCCGAACAGAGAGAAUUAAAUAUAAAUGCAAAAAAUUGCGUGGGUACAGUCUUAUCUCUGAACGGUCAUCGUAAAUAUUUCUGCAUGUAUCAUGCGAAGCAUCCUGAGUGUAGCAAAGGAAAAGGAUUUAAGCGAAUGGAAAGGAUGACUAAACGGUUAAGUCGAAGAUCAGAGGAUGCCGAAGCUGGAGCAUUUAUUGGUUUCAACAGUUCCAGCGAUUCGGACACGUCUCAGGAUGAGGUGGAAAGUGAUGUACUGUAUCAGGAUAAACUUUUGGACGGGUUGCCAAUGUGGCUUGACAGACUGUUCGAGGGCUUGACACAUCGCUACUAUAUAAAUUACUGGCCCGACUUCACUGCCAAGUAAUAGGUGGCUGUUUCUCGUCCUGGAAGCAUAUAUGCCUUUUCGAACGAAACGUUGUUUUAAUUCUAGUCAGCAAAGCGGUUUCGGAGAUUUGAUUAAUUGUACUGGAUGUAAAGUAACGUUUGAAUAUCUUUUUCAAACAUGUAAUCCUUGUCAUGGACCUCAAUGACAAACUGUAAGUGCAGAUAUAUAAGAAUUUAGAGCUUUUUUUUCUGCAUGCUAAUUCUCGAGAUUGCAAAAGGAUAUUCGAAUGAUAUCGUACACAUGUAUGCCGUUUAAACAGAAAUGAGGGAAUUUAAUCCGUGAAAAUCAGGCCGCGCAUAAAGACAAAACAUAUUCAUUACUAAAUAUUAAUUAAUGUUAUUAACAUAAUUACGAUUUCCUAUAUAGGCCUGUGUAGCUAAGCGAUUUUAUAGGCACGCCAUUACAGACUGUCGAAGAGAAUGUACACGACGUUAAUAAUAUUAAGGGGAAAAAAAAUUAUCAUUACUUGUCUCCUUCGGUCGUCAUGGAAACUCGUAAGAAUGAUUUUGCCUUACGAGUUUAUUAUUCGUCUUGCCAGAAGCAUUCAUAAUGGGUGCAUCAUUUCAUCAUGUUAGUCAGUGAUAGAUCUAGUCAAUGCAUUAAAGUUAUGAUAACGCAUUCUCUUUGACCCAUCCUAGAUAAAAUUGCAUCACUUUUACUUGAAUAAUCGUAAUGUACAGCUGAUGAUUUCAAUGAUUUUCGUAGUCUUUAAGCGAUUCUUAUCCAAGAGAAAGUCAUAGGGGUUUAUUAUCGCGCACGUUACCGCCUCUGUAGCUUGUUUUUUUGUGACUAUUUUUCUUUUCCUUUUUCAUCAUCUUAAACGUUUUUAUACCAUUACGUAAGAUCAAAGGAAGAACUCGUCAGAAAACAUAGUGAAUGAGAAAAUUCGUCUUGCGUACGAAUCUUUCCGACUGUUGCUCCACACAAUGAAAUUGAUCGAACCGAUCGAUUAACGUAAUUAGCAAUUGUAAGUCCAAUUUCGCAAUUCUCAUUAUUGCAACAACAAAAAAAAGAAAUAUGCUUGUCAUUUGAAACCUAUCGUUAUUACUCUUAUACCGAAUAUAUUAAGGAUCCUGGAGAAAUACAUUUUUGGCAAUGUAUGUAAAUUGUCACCAUUCAUAAGAGAUUUUAGGUGCGCGCAUUAGUCAAGCUGUUUAAAUGUCAAGUCGGAAACGUGGUAAGAAACUUCGAUAAUUUUUCAUACUUUUCCAAUGCAUAUGAGAAGCACGGACCACCGAGUCGUGUGUAGAAUUUUAUGAGGAAAAUAGACAACUAGAUAAAGUAAGAAAAAUAAUAAUCCGUAGCAGAUACGCCUCUCGAUACUAGAAUGGCCACGUAUUACAUUGCCAAAUGAAUUUCUCAAUAUUACGUCUAAACACCUUAAGUGUCCAAUUCUACACGGUUUGCUAAGUUUUUAAACGUUCGUAUCGGAUUACUCGAAUCCUCUCGCUUGAAGCAUGAACGGGACAAGUCCGUAGAACCAAUUACUUCUGCCAAGCUUUAAGACAUUUUGACAAUCUUUACGAACGUAAUGGGUGUACGUAUCCAUAUCCAUCCUCGUCUAGAAAUGUGACAGGGCGAGAGCUUCAUCGCGAUUAUAAAUGGAUUAUUAUUAAUAUAAUUAAAAAAAAAAAGAUCUUGGGACACGCGAUGUCCUCGCUCCAUUACGUUGUUACACUUCUAAUAAAAAAUUUAUUAAGAUCCGCCCUCGUUCCACGUAACGUCAUGGGAUUAUCGACGUGUCGGACAUUUUUAGAAAGACCUUCGGGCGAUCAGCAUUAUCAAUUUAUAAAGGGAAACUCGAGCAAUGAUCAUAAUGAGGUCAUUUGGAUGCUUUAUGUAUAAUGAAAAUGAAUCUCUGGUGUGCGUGUGAGAAGCACGGUUGGACAGGUACGGAAAAAGAAGAUAAAAAAGUGAAGAAAAGAGAAUUUUUUUUCUCUACCUAGUGCUAUUUAUGAACAAAUAAUGGAUAAAGAAAUAUGAAUAAUAGCAGGAAAUACGUUGUAGCCGUGCUUGAUCAUACGAAUAUGACAGUUCACCAGAGGUGUGAGAUGAUGAGCCGAAAUAAUUAAAUAAAAUGUUUAUUCUGUCGAAUAAAAUUUAAGGUAAUGUUCGUGCGAUUGUCUAAAGAGAAGGUGGAUGCUCCGAUUGUUACCAUUUUUUUAUGUAUAUACUCCAGAGAGAACUGUAUUACGUAGAGGAUAGAGUCGGGACGACUUUAUAUAAUGAAUUAUUACGAUAUGAAUAUUAUAUAUAAAUUAUUACCGAUUCCGAUUAACCGAGAAAUAUAAUGUGAGAUCUUAAA